GUCAAUCACGUGUUUAAACGGAUUGGAGAAGUAUUAUUGGCAGAACGAACGAUACGCGUUCUCUUCUCUUCAACAGUUCGAGCAGACGAUAGGUGAUGAAGGGGAUAUACGUAAUCGCCAUCGCCUUUUUGGCAUUUUGGAGCGUGUGCACUGCAAACGAAAAUCAAGAAUUUAUUCAGGAGACAGGACCCCUCGACAAUAUUGUUAGAGAAUGCCCGUUUACGGAUCCGAGAAAUACUACGAUCCAUCUCGCCCAUGAAAGUGAUUGCACCAAAUUCUACAAAUGCCUCGCGGGUAGAGGAAUCGAACAAUUAUGUCCCUUAAUGUGGCCAGACGAUCCAAAUAAAAGGCUGCACUUCAACAGAGCCCUUCAAGUCUGCGAUUGGCCGGGGCAAGCCGGUUGUCAAGUCUGUCCUGAACCAGAUGUAAAUGGCAACUAUCCGCCAGAAUCUUGGAUAGCAGAUCCAGACAGUAGAGAUUGCAGAGGGUAUAUCAUAUGCAAAAAUGGUAGGCGGCAACGAGGUACUUGUCCAAGCGGUCAGUGCUUUAGUCGCACAUGUCAGGGAUGCGUUAAGAAUCCAAAAGGUGGAAACUGCGAAGGCGGGCCCAUAGUUACUACGACAACUACGUCGAUAACUACGAUGAAAACAACCCCUGUUUGUAAAACCAACAAAGUAAAACGACACUAUUGCGACUGCUCCAAAUAUCAUAAGUGUAAUAAUAAUCAGGUUUGGGGUGAUCCCAUACAAUGCGCUGGCGGUCUACAUUUCAGUUACAAAACACCGUUCUGCCAUCCACCGGACGAAGCCGACUGCCCAUUUAUAUCAAAGAAUUGGAUAUACGUAAUCGCCAUUGCCUUUUUGGCAUCUUGGAGCGUGUGCAUUGCAAACGAAAAUCAAGAAUUUAUUCAGGAGACAGGACCCCUCGACAAUAUUGUUAGAGAAUGCCCGUUUAUAGAUUCGAAAAAUACUACGGUCCAUCUCGCCCAUGAAAGUGAUUGCACCAAGUUCUACACAUGCCUCGCGGGUAGAAGAAUCGAACAAUUAUGUCCCUUAAUGUGGCCAGACGAUCCAAAUAAAAGGCUGCACUUCAACAGAACCGUUCAAGUCUGCGAUUUGCCGUGGCUAGCCGGUUGUGAAGCCUGUCCUGAACCAGAUAAAAAUGGCAUCUACCCGCCAGAAUCUAGGAUAGCAGAUCCAGACAGUACAGAUUGCAAAGGAUAUAUCAUAUGCAAAAAUGGUGGGCGGAAAUCAGGUACUUGUCCAAGCGGUGAAUGCUUUAGUCGCACAUGUCAGGGAUGCGUUAAGAAUCGAGGAAAUGGAAACUGCAAAGGCGGGUCCAUAGAUCCUACAACUAAGCCGACAACUAUACCCCCUCUUUGUAAGACCAACGCCACCAAAGCACACGAGUGCGACUGCUCUAAAUAUUAUCAGUGUUACGAUAAUCAGGAUUGGAUCCUCGGCCAAUGCGAGGGCGGUCUACAUUUCAGACCCACAAAACCCGAAUGCGUGACACCGGACGAAGCCAAGUGCACAUUACUAAAGAAGACUAAGGAAGUUUAG